AUGGAGGUUUUCCCUGGUGGCUUAGAAACAUGGUACAGCUGUUGCGAAGGUGUCCCUGGAUCCCCCGGCUGUCAGGUCGCCAAGCUCCAUGUUCAUGACCAACAAGAAAACCUAGAGGGCUUCGUGAAGACAUUUGCCAGGUUCCGACCCCACAGUGAUAGUCACGGUGUAUUUGCUAUGAAUUGUGAAAUGUGCUAUACAGCCAAAGGCUUGGAACUUACCCGAGUGACAGUGGUGGACCCCAGCCUCCGGGUAGUCUAUGAUACAUUUGUGAAACCAGAAGAAGAAGUCAUUGACUAUAACACUAGGUUUUCUGGUGUGGUUGAAGAUGAUUUGAAGAACACUAAAACAUCAAUCCAUGAUGUGCAAGCCAUCUUGUUGAACCUGUUCAGUGCUGACACUGUACUGAUUGGGCAUAGCUUUGAAUAUAGUCUGUAUGCUCUUAAGUUAAUUCAUACUUCAGUUGUGGACACAACAGUUCUGUUUCCUCAUCGCCUAGGCUUGCCCCAUAAAAGAUCCCUAAAGAGUCUAGUGGCUGAUUACCUGCAGAGAAUCAUUCAGGAUGAUGGUCACAGUUCAAGUGAAAACGCAGCUGCUUGCAUGGAACUGGUUCUCUGGAAGGUGAAAGAAGACCUGAAGGGGAGGAAGUAGCCCCUCUGCCCGAGAAUCACCUUCCGGCUCCACACUGGCCCCCUGGCUGCUCCGGGCCACCGCUGCUGGCAGCAGAGUUCAGUCUGUAAUCGUGUGAGAUUUCUUGACACUUUCAAAGAGAAGAGGAGGAGGAAGUGCUGCUAAGGUUUAUUUACUACAUUUUAAAGGUUAAAUUUCCAUGGUAAUUUCUAAAGUUGUGACUGGGAGUUGAGGAGCAAUUAUGUUGAAUUUUCAACUUAUCUUAGUAGGAAGUGUGUGAUUAACAGGAAGAUGGUUUAAAGAGUAAAGUGAUGGGUCCAUGACUUUCAUAAAGGUCAUUUCUCAGGUUCCCUACAUUUUUUCUCUCUAAAUACCUAAAACCAUCAUACUAAUUGGAGUUAAAAACAUUUUUACCUAACAAAAUUGUAACAGUUUUCUUUAGUUUACUUAUGUAUAGAUAGAAGUAGAGAUUUUCCUUACAAAAUAUGUGGAAGUAAAUGUUAACUUCUC